AUGGGCGGGUCACAAAACCCCGCGUUCCGAUUGGGUCACAUACAGGAAGAGCUUGCCGGGAACGUCGAACUGAGACGCGUUCCUUUGUUCCGAUUGGACAGGAGUACAAGUCAGCUGACCUGCGCUUACGGCAGUAAAGGAGUCGAAGCGCGUUGCUUUGCUGUGAUUCGACACACGGCCGCGGGGAUGGAAAUCACUGGUGCAACAGUCAGGCCCACGGUGUCCCUGAACCCAAACUGGGCUACGAUAUUCACACGAGAAUCCGUCACCAUGUCCUGCGACUUGGCUUCUGGCACCCAAGGGAAGGAGAGUUAUCACUGGUACAGAGACAAUCAGUCGCUGCCCACACACCAGCAGAACUUCACCAUUCAGUCGGCUGAUAUGAUGGAUAGAGGGAAGUACCAGUGCCGGACCAGUACCAGUGAGAGAAGCGCCGCAGUUGGACUGGAUGUUACUAAUGAUUAUGCCACCCUGCAGGCGCCCCCUUCUGUUCAUGAAGGAGACUCGCUGUCGCUCAGAUGUCACAGCUGGCCUGGUUACUAUGAAGAAUAUACAGUGUUUUAUAAGGGGGAGGAGAUCAUCCAAAGCUCCGCCUCCGACCUUCUGCACUUGGGGGAAGUUGCUAAGAAUGCGUCAGGUUUAUACAAAUGCACCAAAAAAUCCCAUUUCUUCUACAAGCCAGCGCAAUAUACGUCUGCAGUAUUGGUUCUAGAACUCUUCAGCACCCCUCAACUAAAACUGACCCCGAAUCCAGUGACAGAAGGAGAUCACAUGACCAUAACAUGUGACACAAAGCUCAGCCCACACAGAGAGACUACAGAGCUACAGUUUGCUUUCUACAGAAAUGGGCACAAUGUGCAGGGAUUCAGUUUAUCCAACCAAUAUGGAGUCCCCUCAGCUCAGCUGGAGGAUUCUGGGAAUUAUACUUGUGAGGUACAAACUCGAACCGGCAGUGUGAGGAAGAGGAGCAGCGAGGGACAUAUCUAUAUACAAGAGCUCUUCUCUUACCCCAAAAUAAAAGCGAUCUCAGAUCAGGUGAAAGGAGGAGAUCACAUGACCAUAACAUGUGAUACAAAGCUCAGCCCACACAGAGCGACUACAGAGCUACAGUUUGUUUUCUACAGAAAUGGGCACAAUGUGCAGGGAUUCAGUUUAUCCAACCAAUAUGGAGUCUCCUCAGCUCAGCUGGAGGAUUCUGGGAAUUAUACCUGCGAGGUACAAACUCCAACUGGCAGUGUGAGGAAGAGGAGCAACACGGUGCAUAUCCAGAUACAGGAGCUAACCUCUUAUACACAAAUAAAAGUGAUACAAGAUCCUGUGACAGAAGGUGACCACAUGACCGUAACAUGUGACCCAAAGAGGAGCAACCUGACACACAUCCAAAUACAGGGUAAGAAAUUAUUUAGCAUUUAUGAGGGUGCAGUCUGGGAAAUGAAUAACCAUUCUCUCUCUGAUAUCUUUUUAUAUCUGAAACCAUUUUAUGAGCGAAGGAUGCCUUGGUCAAAGCUUGGACCUUCAAAUGUGUCUUGCUAUACACAAAAAGCCCAGCUUGAAGGCCAGGAAAUUUGA